CUCUUUUUCAGGUUACUUUUGGCACAUUACAGAUAUCCACUACGAUGGACAUUUCAAUUCAGUGUCCGACAUUAGAAAAGGUUGUUGGAGGCCGGACUACGACGGCAGUUCGGGAUCUAGGGCACAAAGGAAGCCCUUAGGACCCUACGGCGACUAUAGCUGCGACGCGACAUGGGAACUCAUAGAAUCGGCGUCCAAAAUGAUGAUGACCAGACAGAACGACAAUGUAGAGUUCGUUCUGUGGACAGGCGACGCCUUAUCUCACCACGCGACCAAGCACGUGAAAGAGGGACGGCUGUUGGAAAUCAUCCAGAACGUCACCGAUCUGCUCCGGAAAACCUUUUCCUCGCAAUUCGUUUUUCCGGCGCUGGGCCACGACGAUCCGCUAGCCAGGAGAGAACUGGGCAGGUUGUGGAGGCAGUGGUUGCCUACCGACGCCAUGACGACGUUCGAAACCGGUGGAUACUACCUAAUAGAAAGAAAAUCUUUAAAACUUCAAGUUAUAGUGUUGAACACAAAUUUAAUGAGAAGACCGGAAGACGAUGAAGAUGCAACGGCGCAAUGGGUUUGGCUAGAGAAAAAAUUGACCGAAAUGAAGAACAAAACAGUAAGUGGAUACUACCUAAUAGAAAGAAAAUCUUUAAAACUUCAAGUUAUAGUGUUGAACACAAAUUUAAUGAGAAGACAGGAAGACGAUGAAGAUGCAACGGCGCAAUGGGUUUGGCUAGAGAAAAAAUUGACCGAAAUGAAGAACAAAACAGUUUAUCUUGUCGGCCAUAUACCUCCAGGGUCGGACGAAAGGCACAAAGGCCUGUCGGCUUCUAGCCACAUAAUGUACAAAGACUUCCACAACAAGAAGUAUUUGAAAAUUGUGAGGAAGUUCCACUCCAUUAUCGUCGGUCAGUUCUUCGGUCAUCUUCAUUCUGACACCUUUAGGAUAGUCUACGCUGAAAAUGGUCGACCAAUAUCGUGGGCUAUGCUGGCGCCAUCUAUAACACCUAAACGGACUCAUAAUGGACCCAACAAUCCUGGUUUAAGAAUUUAUAAAUUUGACAAAGACACCGGACAAGUUUUCGACUACACCCAGUACUAUUUGGACCUCUCCUCCGCUAAUUAUAACAGGAAAGCGGAUUGGGUAGUCGAAUAUAACUUUAGCACUUACUACGGAAUUAAUGACAUAACUCCUUUGAAUUUGCAUACUCUGGCAGACAAGUUUACACAAGAGGCAACUACUGACAACGGCGUUUUUAACAAGUACUACAAAGCAAACUCUGUCAAGAUUCACACCAGGGCUACAACAAACUGCGACGACACGUGUGCUCACACUCACUACUGUGCUAUCACGCGUAUAGACUACGAUGAGCACAGUCAGUGCUUGAAGAUAGCUGCUAGUGCUCUAUCUUCUUCCUCAUCUUUCACCAUAUCGUGCGCCAAAUUCAAAAUCAUACUAGCCGCAGUGUUUGUUAGUGUGGUAAGAUAUGUUCUUUCCAGUGAACUGUUUGACUAAAGUGUCUUUUUGUAAUUGAUCCGCUUUGUACAUUGUAUCUAAUCAUCAUUUUAUGUAAGAGAAGGUUAUUUUUGGAAAUUGGUCACAUAAUGUCGGACUGUUUUUUGAAUAUAGCUGCAUUUAUACAGGGUGACUUUUAGAAAGAGUCAAAGAGUAUUUAAAAAUUUAAUUAGAAGAGACGUAAUGCUUUUUAGCAUAACUUAAUAACGUAAUUCAGUAAUCAACCAAAACUAUAUUUAAGUCUGUCUAAAAAUUUUAAACGUAUAAAAUAAGGAUACAUAAUAUUUUUGUUUAAGUCUUUGGUGGAGCUAUAUAGAAUAAAAUUUGGGUUUGGGACCUUUAGUGUUAUAACAGCAAAAUAAAACACUAAUUCACAACAAUAAACCAAAACACUUUAAUUUUAACACUGGAUACGCGUUUUACUAAACAUGUUAACAUCAUCAGCAGAUGAUUAAAAAACAGUUUUGAUCAUCUGCUGUCUAGUGUAAAAAGUGUUUUGGUGUAUUGUUGAGAGUUUUGUUUUAUUUUGCUGUAACUAAAUAAACUUGUACACUUUUUUUAUACUAUACAAUAACAUUUGAUUAAGUUCUGG